AACCUAGAGCGUGCAAUCACGUGCACACUUUCGUGUUUUGUGUGUUACGAGAUUAGGGUUAUAAUAAGUUUGAAAACUGAACUUGAGGAUUUCCUCCGAUAAUUUAUUGUUUUAAAGGAAUAUUUUGGUAGUAGAAUUAUCAACCACUUCGUUAACAGAAAAAGAAAGAGGAAAAAUGGCAAAGCAAAACCUGCGUCGUGCACCGCUACGGAACGAUAUAACCAAUACAUUGAACGGAACUAAAAAUACUAACAAAACUAAAAAUCUCAGUCAGAUUAAAAUUGAUAAGAAAAAAGUAUCACUUAUCAGUCAAGAAAUUAAGAUCGCGAGACUGUUAGCUAACAAUGACAAAAAAGUGCGAGAUAAAGUGCUCAAAAGAAUGAAAAAAUGGUUAACAGUUAGAUCGCAAGAUCCAUCUGCAUUUACAAAAUUAGAAUUUAUGAGCUUAUGGAAAGGUUUGUUUUAUUGUAUGUGGAUGUCUGAUAAGAUGUUGGUCCAAGAAGAGUUAGCUGAAUCGCUCUCUAAACUUGUGCAUUGUUUUUCAACAAAGAAUAUUAUUGUACUCUAUACCAGCUGUGCUUUAAAGACACUUGCUAUUGAGUGGUUUGGCAUAGAUCAGUAUAGGAUAGAUAAGUUUUUCAUGCUAGUGAGACGAAUUGUACGUCAAACAUUUGUAGUAUGCAAGAACAAAUUAUGGGACAUGGAAUGGGUGAUGGAAAUUUCGCUGAUAUUUGAAGAAUUGCUAUUACAUCCCAAAACUCCAGUAGGAUACAAUCUGCAUUUGACAGACGUAUAUUUGGAAGAGCUUGCCAAGGUUAGUGAUGGAAAUCUGCCGGAAGAUGCGGUUUACGAGUUUGUUAAACCAUUUAUUUUGUACUUAGUAACGUCCAAUGAUGAGCGGCAGAUUAAAAAUAUUACACAAUGUAUCUUUAGGUACUUGAUAUUUCAGUCUGAUGUAGGUUUGAAUUAUACCGAUAAAUUCAACGCUUGGAGAAGUGCUGGAUUUCCUUGUGCAAAGUUAGAUGAUAUGCAACAAAUUGAAAUAUCCGAUAUGGAAGAUGAUUUUGACAAUGAAAAUGAACAAUGUCUUGAAAUUGACGUACAAAAUAAAGUUGAAAAAUCUUUGGAUCCAAGAGCAGGCAGAGUAGAUGUAGAACUACCUCAAAUACCGUUUGAUGCUGCGAAACUUGCCGACUUACUUUUGCAACAUCGAUUUCACCCGUUGUCAACGGCAAAGUCUCGAAAACGGCUUUUGAAACUUGCUUCACAAUUUCGGGAACUAUCGCAAGGAAACAUGCCUCUUGGAAUGAAGACGAUCGAAAAACCAAAUUCUCAUGAGAAAAGCACGAAUGUGCGGAAUGCUGCAUUGCGUUUUAUUAAAUUCGAAAAAAAAUUAUUUUCCGAUAAAAUAACUAAAAAACAAAAGAGAAAAAGUAACAAAGAAUUAGUCAACACUGUUUUUAAUGCAUCCUCUCUCGAUAGUUCGAAAAAUGAAAAUGUUUCGGAUCAGAAUGAAGAUCAAAUCACUUCUGAAACGAGCAAAGUGAAUGAUGUAAAAGUUAAUUUUGAAGAUGCAAUAUCACUUAAGAAACGGAAAAGAAGUAAGUUAAAACACGAUAAACUUAGCGAUAAACCGCUUGACGAUGAAAUUGCUGAGAGUACAAACUCUGAAUCCUGGAUUUCAACGAAUAACACGAAUAAAAAUGUAAAAUAUAAAACAAAAACGGUGACAUAUCCACAAAAAAAAACUAAGCGCAAGAUAAAACCAGCAGUGAAAAACGCGCUGUCAAGGAACAAGAUUGCACGUGACCGAGAUAUACCUUCAAAAAAUGUAUUAUCGAGUUGUGUGACCAAACGGACAUGUUCUAAUAAUUCCUUGUUGACGAAGAAAAAAGUAAUGUUUAAAUCACAAAAUAAUGCGCAUUAUAAAUCAGAUUAUCUACAACAAAUCCGUAAGAGCCCUGGUGUUCCUUUUGAUGCGAACAAAAAACCGUUAUAUAGCGUGCUGAAGACUAGCCCUAUACCAAGUCCGAUUAAUCCAUUUUACAAAAAUAGAUUGGCUUAAUGUUAUAAAUAACUCUAAAUCUUUCCUAAACUUAGUCGAAUCAAAAAUUAUGAUAGCUUAAGGUAAUUUUCAUUUUCAGCACUCUGAUGCAGCGUUUUUCAACUGAUGUAUGCCGUGAAAAAUGAGAAAAUAUCGAGAAUCGCAAAUUUAAAACUGUUGAAAAAUAUUCUAUAUAGUGAAUAAAUGUUACGAUUUCAUUUGGUGUCGAUAAUAAAGGCUUAAAUUAUAAUAAUAAUGUGUGUGUGUACAUAUAUAUAUAUAUAUAUAUGUAUAUAUAGAAUUACUGUGUGUGUGUUUUUGUUUGUUAUAAGAGUAAGACUUAUACUUGCGACGUUAAAAUUGAUUACAAUUGCACUUUUAUAUAAUUUCAUAAAUACAUCUAUACACAAUUUUAAUACAUUUCUACUUAUAUGGUAUUUACGUGUUUUCUGCAACUAUCAUUUGAAUAAAUUCGUAUGUAAAACUAUCACUUUGGCACAAUGAAUUCACUUUUAGUCGUAUGCUUGUAAUUACUCGGCAAUCUAUGCUUCUUAAAUGAAGACAAACUAAUUUCUACCAUCUUAUCAUCCUAUGAACUAUAUAUAUAAGUUUGCACAUCUAUACAAGAUGUCUGAAAAAUUUUGACCAAGUCGAAGUGUGAAGAUAGAUUGCAGUAAUCUGAAUUGAAAAGUCAUGUACUAAUUUGCAACAUUCGCAAUAGUUAGAGUAAAUUAACUUUUUUAUUUAGAUUUAACGCAAUCUACUUUCACGUCUCGACCUUCAUUCAGACACUCUGUACAUACAUAUGUAUAAUUAUACGUACACACGAAAUUUGUACAUCUUGCGCAUUUGUAUAAAAUUUUCUGAACGAUUUA